GUGACGGGGUGACGUAACGCAGCUAAAACAAGCUACCUUAGCUUAGCUUGUGCCUCCUCGACUGAAGUGGAGUGUGUUUACGGUGUUGUGCAGGUCGGACGGGUUUUAAUAUGGCUUUAGUGACAGCUCUGAGAAGACUCGUGAGGUUAAGAGAGUUUGCAUGGAGGACGGCAGCAGUCACCUCUGGAUCCUGGCCGAGGACUCAGAGCUUUUCCUCGGGACACCUCCUCAGGUCAGACAACAAGGUGACGGUGCAUUUUUUCAACAGAGACGGGGAGAAGAUCACAGUGAAGGGCUCACCGGGAGACUCACUGCUCGAUAUCGUUAUCAAUGAAGACCUCGACUUUGAUGGCUUUGGCGCGUGUGAAGGAACGCUGGCCUGCUCCACGUGCCAUCUGAUCUUUGAGGAGGAAACCUACAAGAGUCUGGGUCCCGUCACAGACGAGGAGAUGGACAUGUUAGAUUUAGCCUACGGCCUGUCUGACACGUCUCGUCUAGGUUGCCAGAUCUGUCUGACGAAGCGGAUGGAGGGCAUGGUGGCGCGAGUCCCGGAGAGCGUAGCCGACAUCCGACAGAGUCAGGACGGAUCCUAACGGCAACCUCCUUUUUUAGACAACGAUAUUAUACUACACAGCAAACGUAUGAUAUCUGUCUGUAAAUCUCAGUUUGCACCAAACCCCCGCAUUUUUGUUUGGGAUAUACGUCAGGGCAUUUCAUGUUAAUAUGACUGCGUUUACAUGGUGUACAUAAGGUCAUAUAAACAACAUGUGACUGAAAUGUCUGCGGACAUCACUCAAGUCCUCGUAGAUCGUCCUCAUAUCUUAUGUUAAUCUAGAUACAUACAUUGUUGGUCUGAUCUGAUUCUUUCUGUAACAAUAUAAUUACAUUAUAUGAUUGUACAUAGCUAGAUCACACAUGUAUAGAGUGAAAAAUAAUGUAAUAAAAAGAAACAUCUUAUUAA